AUGGUCAAGUUCGCAGCCAUCGUCGCACUUGUUGCGCCUCUUGUUGCCGCUCGGCCUCAAGACCGACCCAUGAUCGUCGGCGGAACGGCUGCCAGCGCUGGUGACUUUCCCUUCAUCGUCAGCAUCUCUUACAAUGGCGGCCCUUGGUGCGGAGGUACCCUCCUCAACGCCAACACCGUCAUGACGGCUGCCCACUGCACUUCUGGUCGCUCUGCUAGCGCCUUCCAGGUCCGCGCUGGAAGUCUGAACCGCAACUCGGGUGGUGUUACCUCUUCCGUUUCUUCCAUCAGGAUCCAUCCUAGCUUCAGUAGCUCGACCCUGAACAACGAUGUUUCCAUCUUGAAGCUGUCUACUCCCAUCUCCACUAGCUCCACUAUCUCGUAUGGUCGCCUGGCUGCGUCGGGCUCCGACCCUGCUGCCGGCUCUGAUGCCACAGUUGCAGGCUGGGGUGUCACUUCUCAGGGCUCUUCCAGCUCCCCCGUCGCUUUGAGGAAGGUUACUAUUCCUAUUGUCUCUCGCACCACUUGCCGAUCCCAGUAUGGCACUUCUGCCAUUACCACCAACAUGUUCUGCGCUGGCCUUGCUGAGGGUGGUAAGGACUCUUGCCAGGGCGACAGCGGUGGUCCCAUCGUCGACACUUCCAACACUGUCAUUGGCAUUGUUUCUUGGGGUGAGGGUUGUGCUCAGCCCAACUACUCUGGUGUCUAUGCCCGAGUUGGCACCCUCCGCUCUUACAUUGACGGCCAGCUGUAA